AUGCUCCUGUUGCACCAACCAGCUCCAUCACAACAGCAACCAGCCAUGUUUCAACCAUCGGCAGCACGUCCAGAGCGGACCAUAAAAUCUACCAUGGCGGCCGGCCUGCGGAACGGCCUUUUGCUUUUCCCCGGUUUCCAUGGUCCACGAAGCAGAGCGAGAUCACCAUCACCAGCUCCGUCAGAUUAUUCGGUCGGUGAACCGCUUUCUCCCAAAAGCUGUCCUGACCAAAGCUUGGAUUACAUCAGCCCUUUGUUCCCUGCGAACGAUACCCGAGUCAUGGGGAAUAGCUGUUCCAACGAUGCUUCUGCGCGAGACCCCCGCCCUGGGAAUGACUGGACUGAGCAGCUACUCCCGGCUCGUCCGGCAAACUUCAGUCUUUCCUCCCCCUCUACCCCUCUCAUGCAGCAAGCCCCGCCGCGGCUGGUCAUCCCCACCUCGGCCGACACCUCCCAUCCUCAGCACGGCUACCAAUCCCGGCCCCGACCCCGGUCCAUGCCCCCACAGCGGGUAUGGCUCGCUCAGCAGCAGCAACAACGACGUCAUCUCUCCCAGGAGUCGGACGCGGAACAAUACCAUGGGUACACACCCGGCCAUAACCGGUCGAUCUCCAGCCCGACGGCGUCGACAAUCCCAACCAUCACGACAACGACAUCAACGAUCCCAGUAACACGCUACUACCAACUCAAGUUCUACUGCUCAGCCUGCCAAGACGGCCCCUGCAAAUUCGCAGACGAAUUCAACGCCAACUUUCCCCUCGUCGUUACCCGUCAAGAACACGAUCCCAUCCCCAUCACCUCCCUACCCUCUCCACAGUCCCGUCCUGGGUCCAGCGGUGGGGGGAGAACCAAGAAAUCCAGGUCCCCUUUCCGCUCGUCGAGAUGGGAGUCCCCAUCAUCAUCGGAUGAUGCGCCCAUCCAGCCGGGGACGACCCCCUUCUCUCCGGGGACUUUGCUUAUUAAGAUCGAUUUUUGUGGACGGCCCGGGUCGCUGAAUUUUUUACUUGGUGUGGGGGAGAGGGUAGGUGAAGUGUUGAAACGUGCGCAUGCGGUUGAUAGGUCGGGCGAUGUACGCGGUGAGAGUAAGGGGUUGAAGAAGAAGGAGAUGUUAGCAGUUAUGAUGAGGGGGGGUAAUAAAGAGGAUGAGGGUGAGGCGUAUGUGGCUGCGGAGAAGGUUCUGGCUGAGUUGAGCGAGGUUGAUGUGAGUGGGGCGAUGAAGGCGGUUUUCAGGAAGGAGGAUCCGUAUGAUUGUGUUUGGAGGGAGGACGAGAAUUAG